GUGAAAAAGGAAACAGAAACACAAUGGAAGAUACUGAUGAAUCUAUUAACUGGGUCAAUGUGGAGCCUGGAUUGAAGACGAUUUCCUUGUUACUGAACCUAGACGAUUUCAAGAGAAAAGUCGCUGAUGAUAUCGAGAAUCUAUGCUGUGUGAUAGUGACCUCUACUCUAUGUCGACAUAGCGGCAUCACGAAAGUACCCUAUCCAAAGCAUUUUUCUGACGAGGAAGGAGUCGAUGAGAACGAGUACGACGAUGACUCUCAAGAAGACGAAGAUAUGGAUGACGACGCAGAUGGUAAUUCCAAAGGGUCCUUCUUUAACCAGAUAAAAAAAAAUUUAAUCUUAUCCAAACAAGACCUACGGAAGCGGCGCCAUGUCCGCUUUUUCCACGUAUGUGCAUGUAUGAAGGAGGAAACGGAUAUUCGUCGACUCAUAGCGGCAUCCCCUAUCUUCAAAAUGACUGGCCGAGUGCCAACAGAACAGGAGCGUGUCUCACUUCACCAGGUUGCACACAAACAGCUGAUAGAAUUAUUUCAUUUUUUAGAGGUAUACAGCACGCCAACUAUGCUUUUUUUUGUGCGCGGUGAAAGGGUUCGGUAUCCGAUCAAGGAGGAUACAAACACUCCUGGAGGCGAUGGGACCACAAAUUUGAAGCGUGGUUUGUACCCGCUCGACCUGUUGGUAGCCACGGGUAGCAAUUACGUCAAGUGGAAAUACGUCAUGCGAAAUGCGGUGGCAGUUCGCAAUACGAUUCUUAAAGACUACGACGCAGAGAUACGUGAGAAAGAAAAACAAGAACGCAAGGAAGCACGCCGUAAAAGGAUAUUAGAGCGCCAGAAUUCGAAAAAGUCAGAGGAGUCUGAAGAAUUUGACGAUAAUUCCGAGGACGAAUACUAGCAGAAAAAUAGUUUUCCGAUAGUAUGUUCUUCUUUGUUUACAUGUAUAUAUCUAUUUUUUGUCUGCUUUUAAUUGUUAGUAACAUGCGCAUGUAAGUGUCUUCCAUAAAUCACCACUACCAACAAAACGAAAAA